GCACCGCCGGGCCGGGCGUCACGGUUUCCAGCGCGAACCUCCUUCCCCCGCCUAACCGGGAAAAAAGGCCUGUGUGUGCAUGUGUAUAUGUGUGCAGGCCUGUGUGAGCACUGGGGGCAGGCGCUGACAGUCACUGCCUGGGAGGGAGGACCUGGGAUGAGUUUGAAAUCUGCACUGGCCUGGACUGUAUGAGGUGCUCCAUCUGUGGAUGUCUGCAUGCCUGGGCUUCCAUCUCUGCCAGUGUGGCACCUGUCACCUCUGGAUAAAGCUGCUCUUCAGUUUUGCUUUGCAGAGCAAGUUCCUGCAGAAAAAGAAGACUGGAUCUGAUUUCCCAAGAGGCUGUUGAGUCACGGGUCACAUCGAGAGCCACUGUUAGCUGUGCCCAUGUUCCUUGGCAGGCCAUGCCAUCCUUCCUGGUGACUGUCACUCCCUGCAGGAGGGGACCUGAGUGACUCCUGCCCCCUGGACACCUGUGUGCCCCCACUUGCCAUUCAAAGCUGUCUCUUCAAGUCCACUGAGAACCAAAUGGGAGCUCGAGGUGCUCUGGAGCAGAAGCAAAUGAUUGCUGCCAGCCAUGUCCCCAGCUGAGCGGGUCCCACAGCCCUCUGCCCCCAGGGCCUGUGCCAGUAGCCACUCUGGGAUUUGCUGAGCCACAGGGUUCAUGUUGAGCGUGUUGUGUUUUAGGGUUUUGAGGAAAAUGCAGAGGCGGCACAGCAGCAACACGGACACCGUGCCUCCUGAAAGGAGCCGCAGCCAGACGCUGAGCUCGGAGGCCAGCGUGGACGAGAGCGGAGUGUUCGAGAGCCUCAAGGCCGAGGCCGCCUCUCCUCAGCAGCUCUUCUCAGGGCUGGCCGGCAUCCCCGCGGCCUCCAUCGCCUCCGCGCCCUUCCCGGCCGGGCUGGUGCUGGGCUCGGCGGCCGGAGGGGGAGAAGUGUUCAUCCAGAUGCCGGCCCCGAGGGACGAGGGGGCCGGCCGGGCCGAGGGGACCCCGUUCCACCCCCGGGCCCCCGGCCAUCACUUCCAGCACGGCCACCACCGCGGCUCCUCGCUGCUGCACAUGGCCGGGGCCGACCGGCAUGGCCACGCCGAGGAGGGCACCGAGGAACAGGCCGGAACGCCGGCCCCGGCGCUCUCGGAGCUCAAAGCUGUGGUUGGGUGGCUGCAGAAGGGACUUCCCUUCAUCCUGAUCCUCCUGGCUAAAGUCUGUUUCCAGCACAAGCUUGGAAUUGCUGUGUGCAUUGGUAUGGCCAGCACCUUUGCCUACGCCAACUCCACGCUCCGAGAACAGGUGGCUCUGAAGGAGAAGAGAUCAGUGCUGGUUGUCUUCUGGAUCCUGGCCUUUCUCACUGGAAACACCCUGUACUUGCUUUACACAUUCAGCUCUCAACAGCUUUACAACAGCCUUAUAUUCCUGAAACCCAACCUGGACAGGCUGGACUUCUUUGACCUGAUGUGGAUUGUGGGCAUUGCAGACUUUGUGCUGAAGUACCUCACCAUUGCCCUGAAAUGUCUGGUCGUGGCCCUGCCCAAGAUCAUCCUCGCUGUCAAAUCCAAGGGAAAGUUUUACCUGAUUAUUGAGGAGCUGAGCCAGCUGUUCCGCUCCCUGGUGCCCAUCCAGCUGUGGUACAAAUACAUCAUGGGGGACGAUCCAUCCAGCAGCUACUUCCUGGGUGGCAUCCUCAUCAUCAUGUACAGCCUCUGCAAGUCUUUUGACAUCUGUGGCCGUGUGGGAAGUGUCAGGAAGGCACUGAAGGUCCUUUGCACCCCCCAGAGCUAUGGAGCCCGUGCCACGAGCCAGCAGUGCAGUGAGGCAGGAGACAUCUGUGCCAUCUGCCAGGCAGAGUUCAGGGAGCCUCUGAUCCUUCUGUGCCAGCACGUGUUCUGUGAGGAGUGCCUGUGCCUGUGGUUUGACCGGGAGAAGACGUGUCCCCUGUGCCGCUCGGUGACCGUGGAGACGCUGCGCUGCUGGAAGGAUGGCACCACCUCUGCCCACCUGCAGGUGUACUGACAGCAGGGCAGCUCACCAGGAGCAGGAGAAUCCCGGGAUCCCUGCUCAGCUCUGUUGUCAAUCCUCCUUCCAGCUCUGAGCCAACAGAGCAAUUGUGACCGGCCAGAAACUUUGCGCUGGAAGGAAGGGGAGGUGUGGGUUGUGCUGUGGCAGACUCCAGGGUGUUGCUGGAGCUUACAGGGCUAUGAAGUGUCUGGGAUGUUUCCUAUUUUCCUGCCCUUUCAGUAUGGACAAACACUGUGUGUCCAGGGCAGGGGAGUGUGAGUGCAUGUGCUGAACAAAGCUGUGCUCUGGCUGAGCAGCUCGACAUCACCUGGCCCUACAUUCCCUGAAUCCAUGACUUUAUCGAAUUUCAGAGCAGCUCUCUCUGAGAACUCUUCCCAAGCAGUGCUUCAGAACCCCGUGUCCACAGCUGCAGUUACAGAAAUGGCAUUUCCCAUUUCCCAGCUGCUGUUUUUCCAAUUGAUUCCACAAAUGGCACUUCAGGAGAAUCACAGGGAGCUUGGGAAGGACCCUGCCAGUGAAGCUGGAAAUGACACCUCCUUUCGCUGGAAAUGUUCUUCCUCUUUAAUUUUCAUGGUGAGACUUUCCCAGUCUCUGGGGAAAGUUGAGUUGGGUUUGUCUGGAUGGAAAUCCAGCACCUGACUAAGAGCAUCUCACAAACUCAGUGUCCCUGCCCUGUGCUCCUCAGCCAGGACCUGCCUGGGUCCUCCAGCAGGGAAAACCAGAGCCUUGAGCUGCAGCAGGAGCUCCUGAGGAAGGAGAUCCCUGGCAGGAAUGAAUAGGAAUUCAGCCCACCCCUGUGGCUGAGCUCUCUGCUGAGGUUCUCCAGCAGCACAAGCCCUCAGAGGGAGCUGCUGUUUGUUCUGGAGCUCUCCCUGUCCCCAAACCACCUCUGCUCCCACCCCCCGGAGCAGCAGCAUCCCCCCAGCUCAUUGCCAUGGAAAUGGCUGGAGGUGACAGCCCCACCUGAGCCAUCAGCAGGAGGAAGCUCCUGAGGGGAGGAGGCUGUGUCUGUGUGAUGGAAACUCCACAGGGGAGGAAUUAAAGCCAUCAGGAGCUGAUGGGAACAGGAGUAAAGCUCCACAUUUCUUUGGAAAUAAGCUCAGUGUGGCUGAGGAGGAAUGGUGAGAGCAGAGCCUGAGCUGGGCAGAGUCCAAACCUGGCUUGGGAGGUCCAGGGAGCAGAGGAGGAAAAGCUUCACUUUCCAAACCAAAGUGAUGUCAAAUCCUUGUCUAAUGGAUCCCGUGCUAAGCCAAGGAAUCUCAUUGCUCUUUGCAAUGGGAAUAACUCCCCUAUCUUUGGGAUGGGACAGAGUUCAGAAUGGCAGGGAGCAAGGUUUUCAUUUGGCAUAAAAAAUAUUAUGUGUGAUAGCCUGGAAUAUUCACCAGGAAAAGGGGAAAUCAGUGAUUCCAUGGGCAGGCAGUUUCUGAAAGGCCUCAGUGUCACUGCAGUGCCACUGAACCCAGGGCUUGGUGUUUCUGAUUUCAAACUGUUUGAAAAGCUACUUCUCAUUCUGAAUUUUUUCCCUAAAUGCCCCUGGGAAAUGUGUUUGGAGGAGUGUAGGAAAAGCUCAGUAGGAGCCCAACUCUACAGAAAGUGUGGGAUACACUGCUUCAAAAUUCAGUUUUUAUUGGUGGUAAGGCAGGAAAUCAAGGGGAAAGGGUGGGUUUGCAUUCUUAAAGUUUUGGGGUUUUUUUGGGGAUGAUGGUCCUACCUUCUCCUAGAACAUGACACUUGGACCAGAAAACAUCCAGGGGAAACUUCAGUUCCAGCGACAGCUGCUGGGAACUUGCUGACUUUCAUGGGAAAACAGGAGAGGCUGUGGAAGGAAAUUCCUCAGAGAGAGGAAAUAAAACCCGGAGCCUUUUUUUUUUGCCAUUGAACAGUUAUUUUUCUUUUUUUUUUUUUUUAAUAAAUUCCUUAUAAAUAUGUACAAAGAGUCUCAGCAUAUGAAAUUCCUUUUACAAAAGAGAGAAGCCCCAUCCAGCCAGGACCAGGAGCCUCCUGGAGCUCCAGGAACUCCGAGCACAGGCCCUGCCCUUGCUUUGGUGAGGGAGAAACCUGCACAGUGACCCUGCUGGAGUUUCAUCCCAAUGGUUCUGGAGCAGCAAAAUGCCAGGAAUUGGGUAUUCCCUGCCUCUCAUUCCCUUGGCAAUGCCCCUGGGAGAGACUGGGGAAUUCCCAGUGGCCUCAGGACUAAUGAGGAUGGGAAGGUUUUGUGAUAAACUGUGGUGAAUAACUGGAAAAAGGAUGCUGUAAAAACCCAGGGAAUUAAAUCCCAUUGCAGCUGGGUUUACUCUGCUUGCUGCCACCUGUAACUACUGAUGGAGUAACUAAUAAAGAUGUAACUAAAAAAGGUGUAAGUAAUGAUGGUGUAACUAAUAAUGGCCAUUUCAUCCCCAGAUGCUUUCAGUGAAUAUUUAUCAAUCUCCAGAGUCUCUUCCUGUAAGUAUUAAAAACCUUGAGAAAUUCAAGCACUUUAGUAAUUCCCUCAGAGUGGACCCUGAAGUCACAUCAAAAUUCACUUCUGUACUCAAAUAAAUAUUUGG